GCCCUUCAAGCCUUCCCAGAUCUGUUCAUGAAAUGAUUAAAGUCUCGAGUCUUGAGGUUUGAGGUAAUUACUUGCGAAAUCUGUCAAAAUUUUGAUUUCCAGCUUCGCAAGAAAUCGCUUCAAGAAUCGAGAGUCGGAAAAAAAUACAUUUUUUUUGAUGGGGUACCUUUCUUGCAAAGCAGAAUCUGCAGUCUCUGUAAUCUCGGCCUCCAAAACCACCCAGAAUUCAUCUUCGAAAGCCGACACAAACAAGCAUGAAAAACCCAUCAAGAUCCAACAGUUCGAUUACUGUGACCUUGAAGCCGCCACCAAUGGAUUCUCCGACCGAAGACUUCUAGGCAAAGGUAGCCAUGGCGCCGUCUACAAGGCUGUUCUCAAGGGACGCCACGUUGCCAUCAAGAGACCGUCUUCGAGGAACCAAGAAACCGGUCACGAAACCGAUAACGAGAUCGAAAUCUUGUCGAAGAUUCGGAGUCCCAGAUUGGUUAAUCUCCUUGGCUUCUCUAAUGACGCUAGAGAUCGAUUAUUGGUUGUCGAGUUCAUGAGUAACGGCACAUUAUAUGAUGUUCUUCACUACAAUUCUUCAAGGCCUUUGAAUUGGGGUCGAAGAAUUCGAUUGGCUUUGCAAGUUGCCAAAGCCUUAGAGACGCUGCACUCACAAAAGCCUCCGAUCAUCCAUAGAGAUGUUAAAUCUGCAAACGUGUUAAUCGAUGGCAAUUUCAAUGCAAAGUUGGGUGAUUUCGGGUUGGCACUCAGGUGUGUUGUCGAUGAUUAUAAGCUUAGAUCAACACCACCAGCUGGUACUAUGGGGUAUAUUGAUCCAUGUUAUGUGACACCUGAUAAUUUGAGUACAAAAACUGAUGUUUUCAGCUUUGGGAUCUUGUUGUUAGAGAUUAUAAGUGGUAGAAAAGCUAUCGAUGUUGCGCAUUCGCCGCCUUCCAUCAAUGACUGGGCGAUUCCUCUUGUGAAGAAAGGGAAUAUUGUUGCUGUUUAUGAUCGGAGGAUUUCACCUCCCAAGGAUCCUAUAGUUAGGAAGCAGUUGGCCGUCAUUGCGGCUAAAUGUGUGAGAUCCUAUAGGGAGCGUCGGCCGACGAUGAACGAGGUGGUUGGUUGGUUAACCGGGAUAAGCAAGUUGGUUCCUUUGCAUACAUGGAAUGGUUUCAACAAUCCUUGUAUGAUGGUGGAAACUAUGGGGCGUCCGGUUGAAUCUAGAAACGUUAAAGAGAGUUCGGAUGCAGUCGACGGUACAUACGCCGCCAAGGACUCUCGCAGAGUCUAUUCCGAUUUAGGGUUUAGGAGCAACUUGAUGGAACUUAUGGGCAUCACUAGUAUUGAUGAGGCUGAGGCUGAUGCAUCCUGUACUCAUAGGUUCGAUAACAAAAGAUAUGGUAACCAACCGAGAGGUCAACAUAAGAACAUCGGAAACGAGAAUUCCGUUUUCGGUUUGAGGAGGAAUCAUUCAGCCGGGGAAGGUCGUGAGCCCUUUUCGGGGGAAGGCGAUGUGUUCUCUCGAUCAUGCUCCACUUCUCAGGCUGUAGGUGACAUUUAGUUCAUUAUGAAAAAUGUUUUACAUAUAUGAUUGGCAAUGGAGAGUAAAACGCGACACUGUAUGUGAGGUUUGUUUUGAUGAUUUCAACCGGUCCACAAUUUCAAGGUUGUUUAAAAUUAUUAAUACGUUGGUGUUCAUUUUUCAAUGCAAAUGCUUGAUUCGGACAAUGCUAGUGUCCAUUUUAUAGGUUUUUAAUCCAAGGCAUAUAUUCAUUCAUACACGAG